AUGAAGUCCAGCGUGAUUUGCACGAGCGCUAUUGCGCCUUCGCCACCGACGGUCCCGCCUGGACACUGGGAUGAGUAUCGCGCAGGUUUCGGUAAUUUAUCCCAAGAUUUCUGGUUUGGCAACGAGUUCGCGCACAAGAUUCUCUACCGCGACGAUCAUGAGCUGAGAGUGGAGCUGCAGGAGGAAGGGGCACCGCUGGAUUGGGCGGAGUAUCCACUCUUCUGGCUGGACAGUGAGAGCUACAACUAUCAGCUUUCGGUGGGUGGUGAAUUCCGUGGUUCGCUGCCGGAUGCUCUGGAGCAGCACAAUCGGAUGGACUUCAGCACUUACGAUCGGCGAAGGAGCCCCGCCAAAUCAGCAGAUUCCACCUGUGCCGAGGAUUACGGCGGUGGCUGGUGGUUCGAUCGCUGCACACAGUCCAAUCUGAACGGAGAACAUGGUGUCCACCAGAGAGCAAGUCCAGCCAUUAUCUGGAUGAACUGGAGAACCGGGACCGACAAAAUGAAAAGCUCGCGGAUGAUGAUUCGACCCGUAAUACCCGCUGCGGGUGAUAACUCCGACGAGGAUUAG